AAAGUUUGACCAUCUCUUUCUUCACUACAUGAGCCUCUUCCUUAUUAAAAUAACAGUAAAAUAAUAACAAUAUUUAUCAUCUAUUAUUAAACCUAUUUAUUUUUUCCUCCUCUUGGACUCGGUUGUCGCGUGCUGAACACAAACGGAUCCUUCCCCUUUCUCGCCUCUACGAAUCAAUUGCUGCAGCUAUUUUUUUUUCUUCUGAUUUCGGGAGGUUGUUGAUGGGUUGGAGCCCAAGCUGCUGUUUUGUUCAGAUUCUCUCUCAUACUGUUUGUUAUAAUUCUCCAUAGAGUUUUUAGGCUAUUGGUUUUUAGUAUAAUGGGGGGAAUUUGCUCGAGGAGAGCAACCGUAGAUAAAUCCCCUAGCGACGCUACUCUUGAUGGUGAUGGAAUCAAAGAGCAUGAUCCAAUGGAGCCGCCAUCGGAGGAAACAAUGGACAAGGAGUUUGAAAAUCAUGGGCCGUUUUCGUUUUCGGACCCGGGUGUUCCGAAGGCAAAGGGACCGCAGUUGUCGAGAGUUCAUUCGGAGAGGUCGGCAAAAUCUAAGCAAACAACCAAGGUUUCGGAAAUGAGCUCACUUUUGGGUCGCGCCGGUACUGUUGGGUUCGGGAAAGCAGUGGAUGUUUUGGACACACUUGGUAGUAGCAUGACUGGCUUGAACCUCAGCAGUGGUUUCGCAUCAGGGACAGCUAUCAAAGGAAACAAAAUAUCUAUUCUGGCCUUUGAGGUUGCUAACACUAUAGUUAAAGGUGCCAAUCUCAUGCAUUCACUUUCAAAAGAAAGUAUAAAACAUUUGAAAGCAGUGGUUAUUCCCUCAGAAGGUGUGCAGCUGUUAAUAUCUAAAGAUGUGGAUGAGUUAUUGCAUAUAGCUGCAUAUGACAAGAGGGAAGAAUUGAAAAUAUUUUCAGGAGAGGUGGUCCGAUUUGGUAACCGUUGCAAGGAUCCUCAGUGGCACAACCUGGACCGCUACUUUGCCAGACUAGAGUCAGAAGUUACACCUCAGAAGCAUCUUAAAGAAGAAGCAACGGAAGUGAUGAAGCAAAUGAUGACAUUGGUCCAGAAUACAGCUGAGCUGUAUCACGAGUUGAAUGCUUUGGACAGAUUUGAACAAGAUUAUAAAAGGAAGCUUCAGGAAGAAGAGAAUUCAAAUGCCGUACAAAGAGGUGAUAAUCUUCAAAUUCUAAGGCAAGAGUUGAAGAGCCAAAGGAAACAUGUAAAGAGCUUAAAGAAAAAAUCUCUGUGGGCAAAGAGUUUAGAGGAGGUCAUAGAGAAGCUUGUAGAUAUUGUCCACUUCUUACACUUGGAGAUUCAUGAUGCCUUUGGAACUGCUGAUGGAGAUCAACCUGUGAGGAAAUCCGUCAACGUGCACCAAAGAUUAGGUUCCAGUGGCCUCGCAUUGCACUAUGCAAAUAUAAUCAGUCAAAUUGAUACUCUUGUAACUCGUUCAAGCUCUGUGCCUUCGAAUACGAGGGACUCAUUGUAUCAAGGGUUGCCCACAAGAGUAAAAUCUGCCUUGCGCUCCAGAUUGCAAUCAUUCCAGGUUAAGGAAGAGCUCACUGUCCCUCAAAUCAAAGCUGAAAUGGAGAAAACACUGCAAUGGCUAGUUCCAAUUGCUAAUAACACUACCAAGGCACAUCAUGGCUUUGGUUGGGUUGGAGAAUGGGCAAACACAGGGGUCGACUUAACCCAAAGUCCAGGCGGACCCACUGAUUUGAUUCGUCUAGAAACUUUAUACCACGCCGACAAGGAAAAGACCGAGACUUACAUACUUGACUUAGUUAUAUGGCUUCACCAUCUCAUUAGUCAAUCUAGAACCAGCAAUGGAGGCAUGAGAUCUCCUAUAAAGUCCCCAAUCCGAUCUCCCACAGAGAAAAACUCAACCAUCUCUUCCACUACAAACAAAUCAAGAACUCAACUGCCAAUGCUCUCGAAAGAAGACCAAGAAAUGCUGAGAGAUGUCAGCAACUGGAAGCACACCCCAGGGAUAAGCAAGAGCCAGGAGUUUGCCACGGGCAACGCACGUGCGAGCAAGGAGAUCAAGCUGAGCAAGAGCAGCAGUCAUUCGCCAUUGACUGAGACCAUGGUGAAGGAUUUGCCCUCGACGAGGAGGCCAGCUGCGGUCCCCUUUGUUGAUUUUGACAUUGAUAGGAUUAAAGGUUUGGAUGUUAUUGAUAGAGUUGAUACUUUGAGGAAUCUUUGAAUUCUAUGUUGAAUCUUUGUGUAUGAUAAGGAUUGAGUGGUAGGAGAGAUUUUUUUUUUGCCGCUGUUAUUAUUUGUAUGUAACGAUGUGGAAGGUAAUUGUUUGGGUAUAUUGUAUCAUAUGUGAAUAGUUGUUGUCUAUUUAUGCAUAUGGUUAACGGAAUGGGAGGAAUUAGGUAAGCAUUGUUUAU